UGAGACCGUACAGGAAAUUUCCCCGAAAUAACACAGUAUGUUAGCCUUCUAUACCGAUACAAACCUCUUACCGAUAUAAACCUAGCUCUGAGAAUACCUUAUCGCAAGUAAACAAGGAGAAUCGGGUAUGGCCAUAGUAAUGGAUCCGAAAGACUACGAUUAUGACGCCCCUAUCCAAUAUAUCAACAAGAAGCGUUUUAAUUUCGGGCUGUGCGAGGUCCCCCUGUACUGGGCGAACAUUCUGUUUGCCUUCCUAGCAGUAGCAGGUCAAGUUGGGCAGAACGUUUCUCUCCCUUUGUGGCUAGUAGCAACCAAGGAGUUCAGUACACCUAGCGGAAAUCACACAACACUGCAUGCAACUGAUACAACCGGAGAGAUGGACGCGUAUUUCGUUGUAUCUUUCGCUAGCAUGUGCUUUGUGGUGAUUUUCGGGAUCGCAAUUUUGGUGAUGAGAUUCGCUAAACCUGGGAUGAUAGGCGAAACAGAGCGGAUGUUCCCGCAUACCAUUUUGUUUGGUGUGGGUCUGUGCGAUGCGUUGAAUGGUUCUUUGGUGGUGUUUGCGAGUCCACCAAGUCGUACUGCACCUUACCUACAAGCUAUUCUAGGGAACUUCAUCAUCCCCCUGACCAUUGUUCUAAGGUUUUUCGUGUUGAGAAAGAAGCCCACGAUACUCAAGUUUGUUUGCGGAAUGCUGGUUCUCUUGGCUCUGUUCAUCUGUCUCUUGCCCUCCAUUUUCCCGAAGCAGCUCGACCCCAGUCCCAAGGGGGCUGGAGAGGGGGCGAGCGGCCUAGCGGGCGUCCUAUGGCCGAUCUGUUUUAUGCUCGGAUUCGUACCUGCCGCGGCGAUGAAUGUCAUCGAGGAGAAAGGACUGAAAAUGCAGAACAUUAUGUCGCGGAAGGGAAUCAACAUCGUGUACUUCUUGUUUUGGGAGUCGGUGUACCAGCUACUCUGCGUGCUAGCACUCUUCUGGGUGGACAUCAUACCUAGCUAUGGCUUUGCCAACAGCAUCAGUCAGUUUUGGAAAAAUUGGAGCUUUGGUUUCCGAUGUUUUUUCGGCGGCGCGGGCUGUAACGGCGUGCCUGGGACCAGAGGAACAGUUUUCGUCGUCACGUACACGAUCUCGUAUAUCGGCGGCGGGUUUUUGUUACGUUACGCAGAAGGAGCCACCUUAUUGGCUAUUGUAACGUCUCUCGUAACUCCACUCGGCUUUAUCUUCUGGACUCUGUUUGACUCUUCACCUUUCAAGUGGCAUCCGGUUGGUCACGUGUCCACUUGGUAUGCCCUUGGCGCGCUAGGCCUCAUGGUUCCAGCUAUAUUUUUCUACAACUUUGGAUCACCUGAGGUUGAACGCGAGUUGAGAGUUCGUGAAGCGGUCGAUCCGCCCUAUGAAUACCGACCGGAUUCACCAGGACUACGGGCUAACGAAACUGACCCUCUCAUUCGCACAUAGCACUGUACAAACAGACCUGCAUGAACUUGAAUACGCUGACCGGUGGAACUGGGGAUUAGGGGCUAACGAAAUGGACCCUCUCAUCUGCACCUGUAUAAACCGAACGGAUUCGCCAGGACUGCAAGAAACAAAACGAACCCUCUUUUCCGUACCUGCUACUAUCCAACUAUCUGUAUUUAGUAAGGAACUAGUUUAAAAUUGGGCGCGAAUGAAAACAUUUUACAUACCCCUACUCAACUCCAAGUCACACAAAGAAUCCAUUUCCACCAGCAAAUUCAAGUGAGUAACUGAGAAGCUAUCAAUCAGAUAGUGUUAGCAAGCAUUGAAGUUCAAAGUUUCUUGCAAAUGUGUAUUUCCAGAAAAUAUCCAUCCCCCCCUCAUUGAGGGGAUUGGAAUUUCCGGGUGAAGUGG